AUGUUGGCAGAUACUCGUUUCGCGUAUCAUACGCUAGCAUACGAUACGCUAGCAUACGCCCUUGUUCCCACACCAAAAAUAGGGAAGGGAGGAGCUGUGGGGAAGGGAGGAGUUGUGGGGAGGGGAGGAGUUGAGGGGAAGGGAGGAGUUGUAGGGAAGGGAGGUAUUGUGGCGAAGGGAGGAGUUGUGGCGAAGGGAGGAGUUGUGGGGAAGGGAGGGGCGAGUAGCAGCAAGGGGAAAGGGGGAGUUGUGGUUGUGGGGACAGGGAAAAAGGAGACUGGGAGAGGGGAGAGUGGAAAGGGGGAGAUAGGAAAAGGGGAUGGGGAGAAGAGGAAACAGGGAGGCGGAACGAGAGGGGCUGGCAAGAAAAGGAGGAACGUUGUUGAAAGGAACCUUCCCAGAAAGAGGUGGAGGGUUGAGGCUAACUGGGUGCCCUGUGCUGUGGGGACCAUGCCGUCCCUAGCUGCCAGCUUCGGCAUUCUUCCGAACCUGGAGCCGCCGUUUGAGGCUGCAAGGAGGUUCGGCGCAGGCCCGGCCUGGGCGUUUGGUCCGGAUGGAGGUUCGGGUGGGCCAGGUCCGGGCGAGAGAGAGAGUGAGGGGCAGCAGAGUGGUGAAAGGGGAGGGAGAGCAGGGAAGGGUGGGGUGGUUGGGGAAGACAGGGCGAUUUACAGGGAAAUAAAUGGGGGGAUUGAUGGGGAGAUUGAUGGGGUUAGAGGGGAAGAGGAGGAUGCAGAGAUACAGGAGAACGGAGGAGAGGUGAGAUCUAGUGGUGCUUUUGGUAGUGGUGCUGGUGGUGGGGUUGAGGUCGGUAUGGCAGCACAGUUGGAAAAUGCUGCAAGCAAAGGACUGUUGGGAGAAGCAGCAACGCUGACAGGUGCAAGGAUAGCGGGCGCAGCAGUGCAGACAGGUGCACAAGUGGAGGCAGAGGCAGAUGAGGUGGGAGCUGCUGGGGCAAGUGACACCACACUACAGUACACCGUUACACCGUACCUUCCGUACGCCACAUUUCUUCCUUGCAACUAG